CUCUAUAUGAUGAAAGUUCUACCUUAAUUAGUUGCUAUAAAUCUAGUAACACAGCAUGCUUGAUGAAUUCCAUUCUUGAGCACCAAAAGCGGUAAUAGCACUAGUUGUUGAUAAGAUGGGGAAGUGUAUGGCUAAAGAUGGAAACACUUCAGCCCUUCGUAGAGGAGCAUGGAGUGAGGAAGAGGAUUCACGGCUGAGGAGAUGCAUGGAGAAGUAUGGUGCAAUAAAAUGGUGCGACGUGCCCUCCAAAGCAGGUCUGAAUCGAUGUCGGAAGAGCUGUAGGCUUAGGUGGCUGAACUAUCUCAGUCCAAGCAUCAAGAGAGGGAGGUUUGAAGAUGAUGAGGAGGACCUUAUCAUUAGGCUCCAUAAGCUCCUUGGCAAUAGAUGGUCACUAAUUGCAGGAAGACUCCCAGGAAGGACAGCCAAUGAUAUCAAGAAUCACUGGAACACUCAUUUAAGCAAAAAGAGUACCGCCAAAGAGAAGUUAUGGAACCCCAAAAUUAUUGCUAAAGGUACCGCCGGUAUAAAGCCAAGAGAGAAAAAAGGAGAAUUUAAGAUCAUCAAGCCACAACCUUGGACCAUUCCAGUGAACUGGAGCUGGUUGAAGGAUCAACCAGGGCACCAAGGACAUUUGCAAGACAAGUCUGGAAUUAAUGUAGAUCCACUACCACCAUCAGCGAACAAUAUUAAUGUCGCAAGGAAAAAGAGUGCAGCAGUCAUCCCUGAGAAGCUUGAUGAUGUCUUCUUGGACAUUGAUGGUAUGAUAGUCGGGGAAAUGCAGACCAGCUUUGAAGUUGGGAAUAUUGGAGGAAAUGGAGAUGGUGAGUUCUUUCUGCAAGAAGAUGCAGGAUGGGCUUCUUUUCUUCUGGACAUGGAUUUCUAGAACAUUUUACUAUUUUAUGUAAUUACUUCAUAAUUAAUCUUUCCGUGAAUCAGAAGGAUGAUAAGCCUCCGAAUAUUAUCUAUAACAUGUUGGCUUAAUUAUUA